AUGGGAGGAAAUCACGUGCAGACUAAAUUCAUCCUCUUGGGAAUUACAGACCGUCCAUGUGUGCAGGCCCCUCUUUUUGGGUUGUUUCUAUUGAUUUACAUUGUCACUGUGGUGGGGAACGUUGGGAUUAUGGUCUUGGUUUGGGUGGUUCCCAGCCUCCACACCCCCAUGUACUUCUUCCUCACCCAUUUUUCAUUCGCUGACGUCUGCUAUUCCACAGUCAUUUCCCCCAAAAUGCUAGCAGACCUGUUAUCAGAGAAUAAAACCAUUUCUUUCGCUGGCUGCGUGACGCAGUUCCAUGGCUUUGCUUUCUUUGCGACUGCCGAGUGUCACCUCCUGGCUGUGAUGGCCUAUGACCGGCAUGUUGCUAUCUGCAACCCCCUGCUUUACGUGACGGUCAUCUCCAGCCGCAUCUGCCGGCAGCUGGUAGCAUCGUCCUACCUCAUCGCCUUUCUCAGUGCCAUCAUCUACACAGGCUGCACGUUUGGGGGUUCCUUCUGUGGACCCAACCAGAUCGACCACUUCUUCUGCGACGUCAGCCCCGUGCUGAAGCUUGCCUGCUCCGACACCCGCAGCAGCGAGAUGGUCAUCUUUGCCUUUGUCGCCAUAAACGCGGUGGGCACGAGCGUGAUCAUUUCGCUUUCCUACAUCUGUAUCCUCCGCACAGUCCUGAGGAUGCGCUCGGCACGGAGCAGGUCCAGAGCCUUCAACACCUGCGCCUCCCACUUGACGGCUGUCUCCUUAUUCUACGGGACAAUAUUCUUCACGUACCUACAACCUGCGUCUAGCCACAGCAGCCUGGAUAAGGUGGCCUCCAUCUUCUACACCGUGGUCACCCCCAUGCUCAACCCAUUCAUCUACAGCCUGAGGAACAAGGAGGUGAAGGGCGCUCUGGAAAAAGUGGUGUCUAUUGUCUACGCCCUGGCGAUCCCCACGCUGAGCCCCCUGACCCACAGCCUGAGGAACACGGAGGUGAAGGAUGCUCUGGAGAGACUCCUAGGAGGAGUUCUUGUUUCCUCCCGGCUUCAGACUGGUAAAAACAUAUGA